CGCAGGAGUGCACAAAAUGCUGGCUCCUCCAAGAACAACAAUCGCAUACUUCUGCGCUGGUCUCUUCUUACUUAAUUUCUAUUAUUUUUACUCGCAUUGGGAGCGCCAACCCGCCAUCUCACUUGAAGACCGGCGCUCCCAGCUGUGGCAGCAGCUUCACCCCCUGCUUGAGGAAUUCAAGCCAGAUUGUCCUCAACCAGCCCUGCAUGACAGCGCAGGUGCCCGAAGAUUUGAUGCUAUAAACGAGACACCCCGUGAAAACUACGUCUCCAAUGUUGAUGAGAUUCAACUCCCCAUGCAAGCAGUGCAUGAUGGCUUUGUGCAAGCUAUCCGCAAUCUGACAGUCAAUCGUCCCUAUGUACACGGAACAACUGGCAUAGUGUCCUCUGCGGGAGGUGAUUAUCUGCCUACUUUUCUGGUAUCCCUCUUGUUGCUGCGGCGGACUGGAUCGACUCUGCCGGUGGAGUUGUUUAUGAAAGACCAGACCGAGUAUGAACCUGAAAUUUGCGAAACUGUCUUACCCCCGCUGGGCGCAAAAUGCGUGGUGCUGUCGGAUAUUCUUGCAGGUCAGGAUGUUGCAGGCGAGGAAAAUAGGCAGAGUAUGCCAGGGAUAGAUGGCUUUCAGAUCAAGUCGUUCGCCAUGUUAUUCUCUUCGUUUGAGAGCAUCCUCUGGCUGGACGCGGACUGCGUUGCUCUCUAUGAUCCAGUGUCAAUACUAAACACUGAGUCCUUUAAAUCUACUGGAUUUGUUACGUGGCCGGAUUUCUGGGCUAAUUCGGCAGCACCGGUAUACUUGAAUAUUUCUCGACAAGAUGAACCGCUCUCCACUGCCCAACAGGCAACAGAGGCUGGAAUACUGCUUGUUUCAAAAGAAACCCACUUUUCAACGUUAAUGCUGGCAGCCUAUUACAAUUACUAUGGCCCAGAUUAUUAUUACAUACUGCUCGGGCAGGGUGCGCCGGGUGCAGGUGACAAAGAUACCUUCCUCCAUGCUGCAACCGCUUUGAACCAAACCUUUUAUGCUGUUAGUGAAACAGUGGUGGAUAUAGGAAACCCCGAUCCAUGGGAUCCAAAUAUUGCAAUUAACGCUGGCUAUAUCCAGGCUGAUCCCAUCCAGGACUAUAGUCUGACCAGCCAAGGGAAAUGGAGAGUCAAGGAUCCUUCAGUCUCUAGUCCACCUCGAGCCUUCUUUAUUCAUGCCGGAGACCCAGAAUUUAACCCAGGGAAAGAGUUAUUAGGUGAAAAGUUAACAGAUAUUAACGGGGAACCUAUCAGGCUAUGGACACACCCUCCCGAGGCGAUGCAACGUCUAGGAUGGGAUGUCGAGAAGGCCUUUUGGGAGGAGACGCUGAUCGUUGUGUGUGAUAUGCGGCCGGCUUUUAAAUCCUGGGAGUCAGAAGUCAGGCUCUGUGAGCGGACGAAGGAGCAUUGGGAGGCCGUGUUUGAGAACCCAGAUGUUAAAGUUCCGGAGUUUGUGGCGGCAGAUUCAAAUUAAUAGACGUUAUAAAUUUAGAUAGACUAGGAUGCCAUGUAUUAUACCCAUUCAGCAAUUCCAG